CUCCUUGCCAAAAAUCCCUGGUGAAGGCCUAAUAUGAACAUCCUGCUCAUCUCGUUGCUGGGGUGCCUUGUUGUGGCACUGCCCUCAGCCAGUGCUCAAGUCAAAUGGUGUGUGAAGUCACAGAAUGAACUGAAUAAAUGCCAACACCUUGCCACCAAAUUACCAGAGCUUAGGUGUCAUCUCAAAUCUUCUGUAAUUGAGUGCAUGACAAGCAUCAAGACUGGUGAUGCCGAUGCUAUAACUGUAGAUGGAGAACAUGUUUACCAAGCUGGACUCCUAAAUUACGGACUCCGUCCAAUUAUUGCAGAGAAACAUAAAAAAGAAUGCUGUUAUGCUGUGGCUGUGGUCAAGAGUGACGCAAACUUCAACAUCAAUGAUCUCCAAGGAAAGUCUUCAUGCCACUGCGUUUAUCAAAGUCCUGGAGGCUGGAAUAUACCCAUUGGAAGACUGGUUGCACAAAAUAAGAUUCCUUGGGAUGGUCCUGAUGACAUGCCUCUGGAGAAGGGUUAGAGUGGCUAGAUUAUUAUUGUGUAAAUUAUCAUCACAUGGUUCUCUGGAAUAUUGAUAUUCAGUGGUCUGAUAUUUCCUAAUAUUGACUGCCAUCAAUGGCAACUCUGCAUCCAGCUUAUUUUU